GUUUGGGGAGGUUUAAAUUCUGAGAAGCAGCUGUUUAGUAGACAGCUUCUAAGAAUCUGGAAAAGCUCUGAAACCCAGCUUCUUCAGUUUCUGGCUUCUUAGCUCAUUUUUUAGAAUCUAUAACUACAUAUUCUCAGAAGCUGUAGACUAUUUGAGACAGCUUCUAGCAGAAGCAGUUUUUGGGAAAAGCUGCACCUCCCAAACAGAGCGUAUAUAUAUAAACUCUGAUCAGCUAAUCGAGUCAUUCAUCCAGAGCAAACCGUUCACCAACACGAAGCCGGAGCUCAGCUGGUGCUCGAUCCAAGGCCAAGGAAUAUUAAUUACCAGCUCACUGAGUAGAUCAAAUUAAUGGACAGUGCCAAGGAGGAGAUGCGCCGCCGUGCCGCCACCACCGCCGGCUCGCCGGACGCCGGCGAAGCCGACUCCAUAGCCGUCCACCUGCAGGGGUGGUGCAGGGCGUGCCUGCACCUCGCCGCGCUCACCUUCCUCGCCUGCGCCUUCGUCCAGACGACGCGCCCAGCGCUGUCUGACCCGUGGGACCUCGCGUUCGUCGUCGCCGCCUACGCCAACCUCGCCGCGCUCUUCGUCGUCCUCCGCCGCGUCAAGCAGCUCACGCCGAUGUCGCCGGCGAAGGAGCGCAGGCGGCUGCUGCGACAAGCCUGGGAGCUGUUGACUGCCCUCAGCUGCGCGUUUGCGUACCGCGUAGAGCAGACCAUGCCAGCCGCCAUGGCCGUGUUCGUCUGGGCCAUGACGGCCUCCGUCGUCGUCGGUGGGGUCUACUUCCUGGUUCUCAACGAUGGCCGUGGAUCAGGGGAUUGCGACCGAUUUUUAGGACAACAUAUUGGCUCCGGUCUUGGGCACAACUAUAAAGGUGUGAUGAUGAUGGAGAGCUUCUGAAGGUUGCAUGUCACAAGCUUAAGAUGACGUUUAUGCAACUUUUUGCAAAUUAUGGAUGAAGAUUCACAAAUAGACUUGAAUAAUUGUGUUCUCAUUAUCUUAGUUUGGUCAAUUUUUUAUGCUUGGGUGUGUUUAAUUUUAUUUGAACUACACGUUUUAUUGAGGGCUAGAUUGUAAUAAUUGGAUGUAGCUCUGUUGAGCAAAGGCCGGGAUAUAUCUAUUUCAUUAUU